UAAAAAUUAUGGGUUGCGAGUGAUUUUACCGACCAUGUAGAAAAUCAUUUUUAUAUCGUUUUGCCGCUUCUGGGGUAUCCAUUGGUUUACACUAUCUUAAAUGUCCAAGUACAGUGCAAUGUGAUCACGUAAUGGCGGGUAAGGCGUUAAAGUGGAAACUAGUGGCGGAUCCCACUGGGCCUCAUCCUCGCCCAAGACAUGGACAUCGUGCAAUUAAUAUCAAAGACUUGAUGGUUGUUUUUGGCGGUGGAAACGAAGGGAUUGUUGAUGAGCUUCAUGUUUUUAACACAGCGACAAAUCAGUGGUUUGUUCCAGUUACUAAAGGUGAUGUACCUCCGGGAUGUGCUGCCUUUGGUUUUGUAGUAGAUGGAACAAAGCUCCUAGUUUUUGGAGGAAUGGUAGAGUAUGGAAAAUACAGCAAUGAAAUUUACGAGUUACAGGCUGCAAAAUGGGAAUGGAAGAAGCUGAAACCAAAAGAACCAAAAAUUGGUGAUCCACCUUGUCCGAGAUUAGGGCAUAGUUUUACUAUAGUGAAUUCAAAAGUGUACCUGUUUGGUGGUUUAGCAAAUGAUAGUGCAGACCCCAAAAAUAAUAUUCCAAGAUAUUUGAAUGACCUUUAUACAUUAGAUAUUAGAAGUAAUCCUAUGCAAUGGGAUAUCCCCCAAACAAAUGGGCCUUCUCCUACUCCACGAGAAUCUCAUACUGGUGUAGCAUAUGUGGAUAAAAAACAGAGGCGGUCAUUUUUAAUUAUAUAUGGAGGUAUGAGCGGAUGCAGGUUAGGUGACUUAUGGUUUUUAGAAACAGAGACAAUGACGUGGAUGAAACCACAAGUUUCAGGCAUUACUCCUUUACCUAGAUCCCUUCAUACAUCCACAUUAAUUGGCCAUAGGAUGUUUAUUUUUGGGGGAUGGGUUCCUACAGUUUCUACAGAAGUUAAAUCAUCUCAAGAGUGGAAGUGCACAAGUACCUUAGCAUGCCUCAAUUUGGAGACAAUGAGCUGGGACGACUUAAAUAUCCAAAAAGAGUCUGAAAUGGAUCUACCUUGUGCCAGAGCAGGACACUGUGCAGUUGGAAUUAGUACACGACUCUACAUUUGGUCGGGUAGAGAUGGGUAUAGAAAAGCCUGGAAAAAUCAGGUAUGUUGUAAAGACUUGUGGUAUCUGGAUGUGGAUAAACCUCCUGCUCCUAGUCGUGUAUCUUUAGUUAAAGCAGGAACACACAACCUUGAAGUCAAUUGGACUGGAGCAUUAUCAGUUCAAACAUACAUUUUACAGAUACAAAAAUAUGAUUUACCUCCACCAGCCGCAGCCAAAGUCCCAGCACCAACUAUAGCGCCUGCGGUCCCAUCAUUGGUGACUUCACCCAAGACAACUGCUCCCAUUCAAACCAAUGUACAUACUACUCAGCCCACUCCAAUUGUUAAAACGACUGCAACUCCUAAUCACAUUAUUUCACCCCGAAUUAUUUCAUCUCUUGCUGCAAAAGGGCCACAAGUGAAGAUUCAAGGUACAACUGGAACUAUUAUCAGACAAGGCAGUCCUCAAGUAGCAGGCAAGCAGUUAAUAGUAAAACAAGGAGGUAAUAUUAUUCAAAAAGGAGGAGUUGCGCAGCAAGUUGUAACCUUGGUUAAAACUAGUGCAGGCAUGACGUUAGCGGCCUUGCCAAAAGGAGGCAAUAUUGUUCAGGCAAAAUCAAAUGUUUUACCUCAAGCGCCCAAAAAUACUAUUGUAAAAAUUGUACCUAGUAGCCCGGCCAAUAAAGUUCUAACAACCAUAAAGACGAUACCAUACCAAAUGAAUAAAGCAACUGGGAAAUUAGUUCCUUUCAAAGCCACAGGGCAAAUGCCUACAUUAGGCAAUCAGCAAGUUUUGGUUGUGAAUUCAAAUGCAGGUUUGAAAACUAUACAAACUUUAACAAAUGCACAAUCUGUAAAUUUAAAUAAUGUAAAAACUACUUCUAUAAAUGCCCAACCAAUCGUAACUGCCUCAAAUUUAACCAGUUUGCAAGGAAUGAAGAUUGCUGGAAAACCUAUUACCAUAUCAAUGCCCAUGCAAGUUGUUGGAUCUCCUAAGACGGUUACUCUGUCAAAAAAUACAAAACAGGUAAUGAUUGGUGGGAAACCAGUCACUGUACAGAUGGCGACAGGUGGUAAUAAAACACUGACCCUGGUUCAACCCAAUCAAUCUGCAGCAGUAGGCAAGAUCGUACGACUACCAAUUAAUUCGACAAUAAAUCACUCCAACAGUGGUGAACAACCAAAGCUAAUGGUAGUUUCUCGACCAAAACAACCAACUGCUACUUUAGCUUCAACUUCCUUUGAUAGUCCAGCCACAACAGAUGCAGCACUUGCUGCCAUAGCAGCAGAAGCUGGUCUGAUAGAUCCUGAGCCUGAAAAAGGAGGUGUAGUAAAACUAGAUGGUGGUGAGCAAACAAUAGUUCUUCCCCAGGGGAGCAGUGCAUCCGAUGUUUCUGCCCAAAUAGAAGUUGCAACGGGUCUCAUAGGAGGAGGUUCUAUUCUUGGAUUGAAAGGAGGCUCUAGAUUGAAUAGGCCACCAAAAUCUUUUAGGUAUCGCUUAGGAUUGUAUGGAGGUGGUAAAGAUGGUGAAGAUGAUGAUACAAAACCUUCAACUACGACAGCUGAAGCUGAUUCUACACAAGCUACCGCCACAGAACUGUCAGAAAUGUCAACUGCUGAAAAUGUAAAAAUGGACUGGGACCCAGACUUAACACCUAAAGACACUGGAGAAAGCUUAGACUCUAGGGUAAAACCUUACUCUGAAACAAUAUCAGAAGCUGAAGCAAAAUCAGAUGAAAUAAAAGAAUCUGAAGACAAACCUGAAGCUGAUGUAGGAACAGAUGUUAGCAUGAGAUUAGAAGGUGAAGAAAGAACAAAUAAUGAAGUCAAAUUAGAAGCCGAAGAAAGGCCAGAAAGCGGAGAUAGAUUGGAAAAUAAGGAAAGAGUGAAAGUUGAAGUCAAAUUGGAUGCUGAAGAAAGAACAGACAGUGAAAAUAAAUUGGAAGCCGAGGUAAAAUCAGAAAAUGGAGACAAUAUGGAAGCAGAGGAACGACUCAGCAAUGAAGUCAAAAUGGAAGCAGAAGAAAGAUCCGAGACUGAAGUCAAAUUGAAAUCUGACGUUACCGAGAAGUCAGAUAUAAAAUUCUCAGAAGAAGAUCAAACAAAGUUAGACAUAAACGUAACUGCAAAACAAGGGACAGGAAGCAAUAGUACAUUUAAUAUAGUCGAGAAAAAUUCCAAUGAUACAGUGAAGAUGGAAACAGAUAGUAGACGAGAACAAUCAGCUGAUCCAAAUUAUCACAAUUACCAUAGUCAAAGUAGUGACAUCUUGAAAACAGAAGAUAUGACCCCCAAUGAUGAUCCUUUAGCUGCGUUAGCUUCUGCUGCUUUGGAUCAUUCAAAAGAGUUAAAAAAGACUGAAAAUAAUGUUCAUGGUCCUGAACAGCCUGUUAAAGACACUUGGUAUACUGUUCGCUUCAUUAGGGGUAAUAGUUGUGAUGUACGGAGUUAUUUUUUGUUAAAUGACGACACCGCUGAUCUGACGUUGGACACGUUGCCUUAUACCAUAAAUUAUCCUUCAGGAUUUAGCCUUGAACCAGGCACGGCUUACAAGUUCAGAGUCGCUGCUAUCAACUCCUUAGGCCGUAGUGAUUGGAGUGAGGUAUCAGCGUUUAAAACUUGUCUACCAGGUUUUCCAGGUGCUCCUUCUGCAAUCAAAAUAACAAAAUCAGUUGAUGGCGCAAAUCUUUCUUGGGAACCUCCAAGCGCAAAUCAGGGUGAAAUAUUAGAAUAUUCAGUUUAUUUGGCUGUGAGAGCGAAGGAUAAGGUUAAUACUAAUCCCGGCCAACUCGCUUUUGUAAGGGUUUACUGCGGCCCCAACAAUAAGUGUGUUGUAACCAAUUCAUCUUUAUCUGCCGCCCACCUAGACACAACUACGAAAACAGCGAUAAUAUUCCGUAUAGCUGCUAAAAAUGAAAAAGGUUACGGUCCUGCUACCCAAGUUAGGUGGUUGCAAGAUCCAUCGUCCAAAUCAAAGCGUCUUGCAGAAUCCCAACCAUUAGCUGUUAAAAAAGUAAAGUAUGAAAAAGAAGUGUAAAAAUAUAGGAUAAUGUGUGAAUGUGGUAAAAAUAUAAAUGUUGAUAAAUUGAAAGUUAGGUGUACGGAUUCGCAAUCGAAAAAAUGCCUCUUCUCGAGAAUAAAUAAACUCCUUGAGGUUUUUUACUUAAAAGACCUCAAUGAAAGUCGUUUAAGGUAGUAUUAACUUAAUUAAAAAUUUUAAUUUUUGACAUAGAGUUUUAUUUACUUUUUGUUACAUGUGGACUUUUAUUAUAUAUUGCCGACUUUUGUGUUGAAUAUGAAAAAAAUGUAUAAAUGACAGACUUAUUGAAUUAUUGAAUGGUGCGUGUGCCUGUUCUCAUAUUUACGUCGGUGUCUGUGACACCAAUGUGAAACAAUGUAAAGCUAUUCAUUCUGUAUUAUUUGUAGUAUACAAAUAUGGCAUAUACGGUGCUUAGGAUAUUUUAAAUGUACGUUUUACUUAAACCGUUUUGUUUCUGUAAUAACUGUCUUUCGAUCAAGCAAUGUCUAUGAUGUAACAGCAAAAAUAUUUUGAAAAAUGACAAAUACAUACAAGAUAAUGAUCCAUGUGCUGUUCUAUUUUUUUAUUUAUAACUGUCGAAAAGAUUCUUGCUACUGAAGGCAUUAGACUGAUCCCUCCUCGGUUAUGUUGACCCUUUGUCACCUUUUUUGAAAAUGGAGGACAUGUAUAAUAAAUUCCACUCAUCUGGAAUCUCCUUCCAUGCUUCAAUGUUUUUGAAAAACACUCAUAUAAAGGAUACGAUUCUUGCGCCUCCAUAUUUAGUUAGUUCCAUUUUAAUGAUCCUUGGUCCGGGUGCUUCAUUAUUUUUGGCUUUCGUUAAUCUUUAUCACUGAUGUGGGAGGGAGGGGAUGUGACAUGAGGUGAAGUAGAUGGGAUCGCUUUCACGGACUAAAUGGGGAACUCAAUAUGGCGGAACAACUCUUUGGUAGUAUAUUCUGUUAUAUAUAAAGUAUAUAAUUAUAAAAUUAUAUUAUAUUAUAUAAAUGUAUAUAUAUAUAUAUAUAUAUAUACAUACCAAUCGGACAAUUAGAAGCCCGGAACACUUAACAGACAACCCACAGCCCGGGUGAAAUAUUCAUCUUAUAGGAGUGUAUUUUCUAUUAAAAUGAUCAGGAUAACGAGUUUAUCAAGAGCAACCUGGGAGGGGAAAUAAUUUCUUUCAUUUAUUUUUUUAUAUGUACUAUAUAGACUAUUAGUAGCCCGGAGUAUAAUCCAGCAAAUCGAAGCCCAAAUGUGUAAAAAAGUAUACUUAAUACAUUUUAGGAAGCCCUGCUGUGUUGCCAGGUUACUUUACGACCCGGGCUUUGAAUUGACUGUGUGUUCUUUACAUAGGAUCACGCAUUAUGUUUUUUGUUGGUUCUUUAGUUUAUAGCAGGGAUUCCUAAUGAGUGUUGGUCAAGUCCUUUGGAAGUUGAAAUUCACAACAGUUACAAGUCAAAUGUGACUAAAAUGGAAUUAGACCAUUUUGAAUUUCCACUCUUCAAUUAUUGUUUAAGGCCAUCGGUACAUAAUUCGCAAAUAUUUUACGGCUAUCCGUACUUUUUCUGUCUUUACACGGCAAAUUACGUGUAUUAAAAUUCACACUGGUAUGGAUAUGUAAACAUUACUAGAAUGUCAUUCUACUUGACAAUGUCAUGAUUAACUUUAAAGCGAUGGUUUUUAAAUGUUCUUGGAUAACUGCUAUUUGUAUAAUUGCAAAUUAUUAAUUCAGUUAAUAAAUGUGAUAAUUUUUUCACUAACUAUGUAUUCACUGAUUGUAAUAAUUUAUAUGUACAACAAAAACUAAUACUCAAUCGAGAAAAGAGGAAAAAUGUUAAAGUGAUUUUUUAAUAAUAUAUUGUUACUAUGGAACGCUUACAAUUUUGAACAUCUUCAACAACAAAAUACUUGGAUCACAGAAUAUAUUAUCCUGAUGUAUUCUCUGCUUGGACCUUCCACAAAUAAUACACAAUAAACAACUUUUUAUUAAGUUCACGUCUUAAAUCAAUUAUUCGUCAAAUACACUAUAUGUAUAUCAAUAUUAUUUAAUCAACAACUCAAAAUAUUCCCGAUGCCAUGUCAAAUAUUUAAAAUUGUCACUGAUUGUCGCUGUCUGACUAACAAUAUGCUGACAAUAUUCUAUUCGACUGAGUGCGUUGUAAGACAAAGAUAGAUUUGGAAAAUAUUACCACGGACAUUGCGUUUAUUUUUUUCGAAUCCUGAAAAAACCAAUAAAUAUUUUUGAAAAAUUUAAACGCAGAAUGAAAGACGGAAUUAUUGCCGAGGGCCGAAAGUCCCUUAGAAUAAAUAAAAGGUUUAUUUUGAAUGAGAUAUUUGAAAUUAAAAAUCACACUAAAUUUUCUCUUAGUUUUUCACCCCUGUAACUUAUUAAAAUAAACAUUAUAGAAGUUCUCAGGGACUUUCUGCCCUCGCUAAUAACGUAAUCUUUCAUUCUGCGUUUAAAUUUUUCAAAAAUACUUAUUAGUUUUUUCAGGAUUCGAAAAAAAAAUGAAUUCCCAUUUGAAGAGCAUUGCAGCCGAAAAUAAUACCCAUCUUCUUAAUGGUCAACAAACUCACUCCCAAUGUUAAUUUGUAUUAUUUGUGAUUAACUUCAAUGGAUUAAUCUGUAAAGCCAUGAGAAACAAAAAGUUUGGGAACGACUGGUAAUAGGAUCAAAUGCAUAUUGAAAAGUCUGAAAAUGUGAUAAAAUGGUUUAUUAAUUUAACACAUCUUAUUUAAAAAAAAGGUUAUAUUCGGUAGAACAAACAUGUGUGUAAAAAUAGAAAUAAACUAAAGAAAAAGUAAAAUAUCUUAUUACAUAACUAUUAAAGAAAAAUGCAUUCGGUUAAACUAAUAAACAUUUCUAAUUUAAAAUGAAAAAUGGUAAAAUGGGUCAUUUUGCUCUAAAAGUAUUAUACACUUCAGUAUUAGACAUAAGUCUUUAUUUUCGGCCAGUCUUUAUUCUUUGGAAAGUCCUUAUAUUUAGGGAUGCAUUCUGCACACUCGCCUGUUUUGGACGCAAUUUUCUUCUAAAUAUGAUCCUUAAAAUAAUCACAUACUAGUGACUUUUCUGCCUUAGACCACCGUUCACGCCCAGCGUUACUUUUCUUUUCUCGCUUUUCUACAAAAAAAUUGAUUAUAGUUCUACAUGUUUUUUAUAGUGUGUUCAUCAACAUUAUUUUAUUUCGAAAAAUAAAUCAAAAAAUCUGUCGAGUUUUACUUUUAUUGUAACAGUCGUUUACUUAUUUUAUAAAACACCUUGUAUAUUGUGAACAUAUUAAAUAGCACUUCCUUUGUAUAUUGUGCCAAUGUGUGCUUUUGACCUGUGGGUGAGUUUCACCUCUUCUCGGGGGUGAAAAAUAUACGUAAGUCCAGAAAUGGAUAAACUGACUAAUUAUAAGUAACUUUUGUUCUAUUCUAUAGCAUUUUUUCACGAAGGUAAUACUUUUCGAGUUAUGUGCGAGAAAACAAUAUGUUCACUGUUCAACAAAAAAAAAAACAUUUUUAGACGGUUUUUUGCAAAUAACUUAAAAAUGAAGUAUUUUAUCGAAAAAACAUUCUUAGUAAAAAUAUAGCUUAUAAAUAAUUGAAAAAAAUGGUCUAUGAAAGUAUGAACUCUCUAGACUCUAGACCCAGUAGAAGCAAAGUUGUAGGUAAUGAAAAAUUGGUUCAUAUUCGUCAAAUGUCAAAGCGAAUAUUUCAACGUGAAAUAACCAAAAAAUGAUGCACUUCUUGGGGAAACUCCCUUAUAGCUUUUUAAAGUGUUUAAAUAACUAUAUCAAAAUAAAUGAAGACACAAGUGCAUGAAGGGUCUAUGUCACACUUUUAAGUUAUUGAGAAAAAUGAUGUUAAAAUUUUUAUACUAGAAUUUUUUUACUAUAAGAUCAAAAUAUACUAAAUUUAUAGAAUAUGUAGUCCUAAAACUAAUAUAUUUGUUAACAAUAUUUAAAAUAAUAAUUUAUUAUAUACUUUUAUACAGUGAUGGGCGUACUUUUAACCGGCAAAAUAGCGCAAAAGAUAAAAAACAUAUUAAGUUGUGAGAUAAAAAGAGACGAACACUAAUGGAGGUGUUAAAUUUAGCGAUAGUAACUUAUAGAUUGACAUUAUAUUGAUUAAUUAUUUAUAUGGGAAAUAAGCCACAAUUAAAAUGAAAAAAAUUAUUUUAUUAACGUUUCGACGCCUAAAUCGGGUGCCGUUGUCAAAAUACAAAAUAUUACUAGAAUAAACAAAAGUGUUGUUGCUAAGCAAAAAAAAAUUCUUCUAAUAAUUUAUUUAAUCUGACUCAUUUAUAUUGGCAAUUCAUACAUAUAUUAUACAUUUUAAAGUAGAAGACUUUAAACUGAUAUUGCCAAUAUUUAUGAGUUGCGUUCCUGGGACGACUUACUGAAAGAUAGUUCAUUCGAUUACAUGAAAUCAACCCUAAUUCAAGAAUAUCCGUCACAAAAAAAUUAUAGCAUGUGAUCUGUCUUUAAAAAGACAACCAAAUGCAACGACAGUAAAAUUUAUGCGUUAGAGACUUCAUAGUAAAUCACAAGGGAAAACCAGGAAAAAACCUUGUGAUACUAUCCCGACAUGGUAAGUAUUUGGUCUUACAUUUAAUUUACUCUCAAAAAAUAGUACCAAAUUCUGACUUGUAACAGGUUUAAAUUAUAAAUAUAUUAAUAAUACUAGAUAUAUAAGUAAUAUGUACUAAAAUAUAAAAUAUGUACUAGCUCGAUAUUAUUGACUUACUAAUCUUGGUAUUUUCUUUCUAUUGACUUCCAAGUAAUAUAAUCUCCCAUAUAAAUAAUUAAUCAUAAAAAUGCCACAAGGAAAUUAUAUUGAUUGUUUCCCACCUUUAAACGUAUCGGACGAGUUUGAGAAAUGCCACUGUCACAGUUACAGUUUUAGUUGACAUACUCCUCUGAUACGUGUAAAGGUGGGAAACAAUCAAUACAAUGUAAAUGUAUAGGUUAAUAUCACUAAAUAUCCCAGCUCGACUAGUUUUAUUUUUUUUUAUCUCACAAUUUAGUAUGUUGUCCAUUUUUUGCGCUAUUUUGCCGGAUAUUAGCGCGCUCAUCACUGUAUAUAUGUACAUUGUGUACAUAGGUCCUUUAUGCACUUACAUUUUAAAAAUUUACUGUGUACAUAGAUCCUUUACACUCUAGAAAAUAUUAAUUUUAAAACGUGUUUGACUUGUUUGAAAGAUCUCUAGGUUCGAACAACUUACUUUAACAUAAAAAAACAUAUUUUGAAAAAAUUGUCACAUACACCCUUCAUGAACUUGUGUCUUCAAAUAUAAUUAUAAAAUAGAAUAAUAAACCUUAUUCUUAUUGUAUUUUUAAUUUAUUGCAAUUUUCUGUUUGCAUUAUAUUCAUAGAUAAAAAUAGUAAUUAAUUUAUUUAAUUAAAUUGUCAAUAUUAACUAAUGUAUUUAUAGAAGACGUUUAACCCGGCAUUGGUCGCUAGGUAGGUUGUUACGCGCGUGGUCGCGCGUGAGAUUUUCUCUCACGUAUCCAACUUUUGCCUUUCUUUACAAAAUUUUACAAAAAAGAUGAGGUUUCAUCAACGAUAAAGCCAUUUGCUUUAAAAAGACACGACGUUUUUCUGUUUUAUUAUUAUUAUCUUUAUAUAAAAUGUGACUAUUGAUGCCGCCAAUAUUUAACAUUGAAAAAUAUAUUGUAAGUGACCAUCUACAACUAACCCGUGAAACAGAAUAUAGGAUUUUUAUAUCAUCGACCACAUCCACGGCGCCUUUUAGUAAAUCAUAAAAGGAUAUUAUUUUAGGUUUUAAGGGGAAAAAUAAAAUUAAUUUUUAUACACAGUUGGUGACGCCGGUGGUCGCUUGAUGAGAGAAUCUCUCACAUGAAGCGCACUGACUCAACAAUAUGGUGAUAAUAAGUAAACUGAGUCACUAUCUGAGCGGACGAGUAUAUUAGAUUGUCGAGGGAGGAUAGUUAGGAGACUAGAAGGAACUACAGCGUGUAAAAUUUCCCAGAAAAAAAGUUGUGCGCAAUUUUCUGAAACCGUGAGAGAAAAUCUCAUAUAGCGACCACUGGCGGGUUAAUUAUUUGUUUUGAUUUUUUAAAUAAUUGAAAUAAAAAUUAUAUAUUAACAAGAUGCCUAGUUGCUUCUAGCAACUACUUACUUACAUAAAAUCUCAUUACCAGUUUACCAUUUCACCGUUUAUUUUUUUAAUAUUAACAUAAUAGUAAAUUUAAGAUUUUGUUCACAGUGAAUAUUUCACAGGUAGUGAAUUUUUGAUCAAUUCUAAAAAAAUGUCCGUACCUCAUUUUCAUUAUUGCCGUUUUGAUUGGCAUUUAUUUUGGCCAUCGCUACCAUUCUUUGAGAUCGCUUCAUCUCGUUAUGCCGGCACAACCUAUUCAUUAGAAGGUGACAUUAAACAAAUGAUCUAAGAUAUUUAUCGAGAAAAAUGAAAACAUGUUGUGUUACUACGUAACAGAUUUAGGGCUUCGUAAAAUGCGUACAGCAUAUAUAUGGGUCUGGGUAAUAUAUCGUCGGCUUACUGCGAAAACCAACUAACUCCACUUUUUGUCGAUUCUGAGUUACGUACGCCUUUGUACUUAAUAAUUAUCAAAGAAUGUACUGAUGAAACCAGACACUUCAAAGCAGAUUUUAAAUGUGGGAAACAGAAGGGUCUCAAAACAACUAAUUCCAAUGAUGACACUUUUAUUCAGCCAAAAACAGAUAUGUGCAGUUGUCUGCACAUCUCUGUUUAAAUAAAAUAGUAUUUUAUCAUUUACAAUAUUCUAGUUCUGCCAAAACAAGACAAGUGCUUGAUUUGGAGGACAGUGAUAUUCAAAGUUACCUAGAAGUUGACUAACUUUGUACAGCUGAAACCCGACAAGUGCCGAAAAAAAAUGUUUUUUGUACUUUUUUUUAACUUUCACUUCAUUUUAAUAAUUUUUUAACAAAAUGUUUCGUUUAUAAUGUUAUUUACUUUAAUAUUUUUCAGUCAUUAAAUCAUUUUUAAAUUCAAACGAUUUUUCAUUUCAAAUUAAAGUUUAAAACGUCGAUUCCUCAAAACUAUAAAAAGUGGAGUUAGUUGGUUUUGGCAGUAAGCCGACGAUAUCCGGUUUAUAUACCGGCUAGAACAGAGGCUUGCGCAACAAAUGCAUACCGAAUUUUAUUCGAAUAUUCUAAUACAUUAUAUUUAAAAAAAAACUUGUUAUUUUCGGAUCUCAAAAAUGAAAAAAGAAUUUGCUACAGCUACAGACAAGAAAGUUUAUUUUUCGAUAAACAAUAACCCUUAAAUAAAUAAAAAAACCGCAAAUACCUUGCAUAAGUCAGUGGUCCGCGCUUAGUUAAUAUAUUUUUUAUUACACUGGUUUUAAAGAACUAGAAAAAGAGAUUUUAAAACUGCUUGCCUUAAAAUAAAAUCAUUUGUUGAUUCCAGAAAUGCCAUUAGUUUAAUUGAAUCAGAUUGGGUGCUUGAGCCAUAAUAAUAAUUAUAGUUGUAAAAACAUACGUUUUAUAGUUAAAAGCUAGUUUCUAUUUUGUAAUGAAGAUGUUGAUCAUGCAAAUCGUCCAGAUUUUUAGCUUUUUAGCCGCUACAUCAAAAAAUAAAUUAAAAAGUCAAAUUUGUCAAAACUAUAUGACUGAAAAAAAAAAUAAAACGAUAGUGCUUAAUUUUCACUUAUUUUUGAAAGAAUUCAAUUACAAAAAUUUUCAACUUAUUUUCAAAAACAUCGAUGAAGAUUCGGGUAUGUUUCGGGUGUUUUCUUCAAAAGAUAUGUACAUUUAUGAAGUAAAUAUAAAAAAUUAGCUUAACUUUUAACUUAAGUGCACUUAUGUUAGCACUCCUACACAUUAAUCUGAAACCUCAUGUUUAAGUGAGUUUAUCCUCCGGUUGACCUAACUAAAAUAUUCUGUUUACGAUCUCUAAUUACAUUAAUCUUGAUAUAAAAAAAGCAAAUGAAAUAUUUUUGAAUUUUUAAUAUAAUUUUUCUAUUCUACUGUCAUAAAUUUGAAAGAAAACGGGGACCUUCUCCAACAAAGCUUGUCCAAUUCGGAUUUUACCAGCCUCUACAACACAAAAUAGGACCUAUAUUUGUUAUCCUUUUAAAAAUAGUACUUGUGUGUAUAAAUAUGUGCAAGUACUGUGAUAUAAAUCCAUGAAUCGAUCUUAGAAAAAGUAGUUUUAAAACCUGUGGAUUUAAUCUUGUCGAGUUAACCAGUCUGAUUUUCACUUAAACUGUGGUAGCAAAUUUUGCAAUAGUUAUGCAGGUAUACUUAAAUUAGUUGGGCUAUGCGAUGUAAUUAAUUAUAAAUUUCGACUGUAAAGCGGAGUCAUAGGGGUGGUUUAUGUGAAAUUUAUUGAAUUUAUCUAUUUAAAAAAUAUACUCACCUCACUUCCAUUUGUCCUGAUUUCAUCUUCAUGACAUUCAUUUACCAUUGCUACUAUUCAUUGCGAACGCUUCAUUGGGGACGCAUAAGGCCCGCACAACGUAUUCAAUCAAACACAAUGUAUAAUCACAGAUUUGUUAUCUUUAAGAUGAAAAUUUAAAACAUAUGAUAUUGCGAUGUUGCCUUUUUUAGGGCUUCGUAAAAUGCUUACAACAUAAAUCUGUAUAAAAACAUAUACACCGACUACAACAGCGACUCCGCGGCAAAAGCUUGCACUAAAUGGUGUAUAUAUAGAUAUAAAUUCCAUCAUUAUGAAGCCCGAAAAAUUGCAGGUUUUCUAGUAUUUACUCAUUAUAUAUGCUAACUUUGGGCAACUUAAAGACGGCAAGCUAUUAGUAGCCCCCAAUACAUGUGUGUGUUCGACCAGCUCCUUCCCCUUCCCCCUGUAAGUCUAGUAACGACAAGAAAACCAUACGAAGCCCAAAAUCGGGCUUCGAAAAGGCUGGAGGGCUGUGAAUAAGCCGUAGAAUGUUCACAUUUUGGCUUCCUAUUGCUGGUUAAUAUGUAUAUAUAUAUAUAUAUAUAUAUAUAUAUAUAUAUAUAUAUAUAUAUAUAUAUAUAUAUAUAUAUAAUUAAUAAUUUUAAUAAUAAAUUAAUAACAUAUCUUCCAUGUAUAACAUAAAAACCUGCCCGCCGCCAUAUUGUCUUCCCACAAGUGUCAAAUCAAGUGGUCCCAUUUAGUAAACACAAAAACAUCUCUUAUGUUCAUAUCCCCUCUCUCCCACAUCACUGGUCUUUAUUUAUAUUAUCUUCUUCUGUAAUUUCGGCUUCCUCAGUCAUCAUUCUUACAGGGUCGUGUAAAAUAUACUCCGGUCUAUUCUCCUGCAAUAAUUUUGUGUAAUUUGCCCACUCAUGUAAUUAUCUGUAUAUUUUUACCGUUUAUUACUUCUGUGUUUAUCUUUUUCCAUGCUUCCAUUAAUCUAUUAUACCCUAUCGUAUUGUCUAUGUCUCUGCACAUUCUCUUUCAGUAUUUGUUCUUCUCGAGCCUUAUUCUUUGCUUAACUUUCCCUAAUACUAAUCGGUGGUUAUGGUUACUUGCACAUUCUGCUUGUCUGUACACUCUUAAAUCUUGUAUUAUUGUUUUGCUUCUUUUCUUACUAUUAUUAAAUAAAUCCCUAUUUCUUCGAAAGACCUUCUGUUCAGUAAUCAAAAUCAUUUCCAUAUUCAAUCUAGACGUUCAAUCGUUAUCGGUAAAUCCAUCCAGGGAACUGGGAGGGAAAUGGUAGGUUUGGAUUUGGGCUUAGAGUAGGUCAUUGGUAUCCUCUUCUUCUUAAAGUUCCGCUCCUAUCGGAGAUUGGAAAUCAUUCUGGCAAUUAUAAUUUUGUUGGUUACGCGCCGGAAUAGUUCAAUUGAGCUGCAUCCAAACCAUUCACGGAGAUUGCGUAGCCACGAGAUUUUACGUCUUCCUACGCUUCUUCUGCCUUUGAUUUUGCCUUGGUAUCCUCUGUAUAGUAUAUAUUAGGAGCUAAACCAAGGCUUACGUAUUCAGGGAUCAUAGAUGAGUAUCUACCCACCACCAUAUUUCACCUUUUUUUAUAUUUAAAUAAAUUAUGCCAACAUAAUAAAAUAUUAGAAUUAGAAAUGUAAUCUGGCUAUUUUUUUAGAAAAUGUCGAGUUGUAGAACAUGUUAACAAUUUUAUAAAUGUCCUUUAUUUGUGAACGAUUGACUUCUGUCUUUAAACUUUUUUAACUUUUUGUUAUGUAAGUAUAUUUCUUCAUCACUUGUUCUUUGGUUAGUGGGGCUAUGAAUCUUUCUUUAUUUUUACCGCCGAUUUGGCUCAUUCCAGUAUAUGGUUUUGAUUUCACUCUUUACAUUCCUAAUAUUUAUGCUACUUUAUUAAUAUCUUUUUGUGCACAUCAAAUAGAAAUAAAUUAUAUUAACAAUAACGACAACAAAGUACUUUUUUCAUGCACUUUUUCUAGAAUUGUAUAAUUUUAUUCAGGGAUAAUCCAUUAAUAAGGUAUAGUGGGAUCUCGAAAUUUUGAAAUAAACGGGUUUGAAAUUUUUACAUUAUUUUUGCUGUUUAUUUGUAUCCAAAUUGGAAUAUUCAAUAAGUGCAUUGCUUGAUCUUACUUUUCAUAUAGCCGAAAAACACGAAACCGUGUUCAUUUUACAUUGUUUUGUUAUAUUUAUAUAUACUUAUUUGCAUGAUCUAUCAUAUUUUAUUCUUGUUUAAUUCGACGAAUAAUUUUAUGGAAAUUUGAGCAACUAAGUCCAGUGUUUUAAACUACUAUUUUUCUACAGUAUAGUUCUUAGUUCAGAUUAUUUAAUAUAUUAUUUUUAAAACUGAGUUUGGACGAGAAUUACCUAAUUUGUUUAUAGCUAUUAAAACUACAAUUUCCCGGUAAUAUAUAUUAUAAGCCCAGUCUCAGUAACUUAUUUCAAGAACCUAUAUUGCAAAAUUUUCUACUUUACCUCACACUAAACUAUUUUUUGACAUACUCUUUUGUGUUUCUCCGCAUACUUGUGGAAUGUUUUUAAAUAUCUGCAAUUGUACUUACAAGGCUUUUUCAACAAACAAAAUACAAUCUCAAAAUGUAUUUUGUUAAGCAUGACCUAACGUUUUUUGAAUUCAGGGUGGAAUGAUCCAUUCUCGUGCAGUACCUUCAGAGGACUCUUGCUCACAGAUACACCUAUAGCACAGUAAGGUCCAUACCCUCAUCCGGACUAAGCAUGCGGUAGGUCAUCUCCAGACCGGUGCAUCGCAUAGAUACCCCUUCAUCUCACUCUGCUGCAGAUUCCUCCCUAAUAUUUCUUUCUGACAAUUCGAGUUACUGCCUCCAGUAUUGUCGUUUAUUCAGUCUUUCCCCUCAUUGUAACCCCAACCAACAUUUGCACUUACCAUACCAACCUUUCUGUGUAAUUCGUUUCUGUCAUCAUCAUACUUUCUGCACUCGAAUGCACAGUGCUUGGCUGUGUCAGCAACUCCACAGUGUGCAAUUUCUAUCCGCUACCUACCUCCUCUAUCCUUUCCAUUUAGCACCUGAAGGAGUCGUGUUCUGUUACGAACUGCCUGAAAAAGUACCUUGUCCAGGUCGCCCUAUUCUUUGCGAACGACGUAUUUUACGUGCUUACCAAAGGUUCGCCUCGUAUUUAAGACUACUCCCAAGUACUUUAUUUGCUUUCUACCUCUAGGACAAAAACUAUAUCCUCUGAUCCUUAAGAUCAUAUUUCAGAUUUCUCGGCCGCUAGUCUUGCUUUCCAUCCACGUCUUCAAAAAAGGCUCGGUUCCCUCUAUGCAUGUCAACCAGUUUUUGUUGUGCUCCACCAAGUCAUCCGCAUGGCUACUGCCUGUACACCAAUGCCCAGGUCGGCCUCCAAAAUCUCGUUAUAUAGAACAGUCCAAAGCAAUGGCCCCACUCCCGUCGUGCUCCUCAUAGAGCUACUCCUCGCAAUGUUGAAAUAUCUAUCUGUGAAGUAGUUCCUGACCAAGGUCUGCAGUUAGGGAGAUAUUCCUAAAUCGCCCAGUACUCUGAUAAUAAUUUUCCAGCUGACAAUAUUAAAGACAUUUCUUAUAUCGCGCAAGAAAGCCACCGUCCAUCUGCUCCUACAUAUGGAUAUCUCCCUCUUGAUCCUGUUUAUGGCUUCUACCGCAGAUUUGAACCCACACUGGCUAUCGGAUGCCACCUUUCUCCAUCAUCUUCCUCUCCAGCCUCAUCUUCAUAAGAAUCUCAAGGUAUUCUGGUAUAAAGUCUGUAUACCCCAGGCUCCUCUAAUUCCUUUCCCGGUUUCGGGAUAAGUUUGAGAUUUGCCGUUUUCAGAUCUCCUGGGAAACUCUUGGCUUCUUAUCAGGUUGUUCAUAAUAUCCCGUCGCCAUCGCACCUUCUCAAUGAUGAUUUUGAAGUGGCUUGAUUCAGUGUAAAUCACAAUUACAAAACAUAUUGCAAUUCGCUGAAGAACGUUUUGCUUUCAUAACAGUUUUUGAUGGACAGUAUGCAUUUCGUUGCACAAAGAAAAACAUACAUGUUUUUUUAUUGUCGCAUGGAUCAUGUUAAUAAAGUUUAUAUUAGGGUCAACCCCGAUUUGACUUGUCUUUUAGUCAUCACUGUAUGAAAUUUUGUUCAAAUAAGUAUUUGUACCUAUUUGAGCUACCAAUAAAUACUAUGUUUUAUGUAUUAUGAAAUUUUUUAUUUAUUAUUAAUAGUUAAUAAAUUACUUUUAUUAUUCAUUUUAUUAACGUGUCCAAUGUAAUUUAAAAAACAUUGUUUCAUUAGUUAUAUUCAUUACCACAAUAUAAUAUGCUAAAAAAUACUUCAGUCUACUAUGAAGCAAAGUAGAACUUUGUAUGUUUUAGGUAGUUAACUGAGGCGGGGCUCGUGUGUAUAUAUAAGCUUUUGUAAUAAUGUUAAAUUAUUUCUAUUUGACAAAUAGCAAGUUUUAAGUCUAUGAAAAUACUGUUUCUUGUUUUACAGACAUAUUUGUGUGUCGCUAAGAACUUAGUUUUUACAGCUGGAUUUCGGAUAUCAUUUUUAUGCCUUGGUUCAGUAUGUAAUGUUAUAAUAAAUUGAUUAUAAGUA